AUGCACUCGCCAGACUGGUUUUUGAUCGAAAGCCGAUUGUCCCCGUUCUAUUUAAGGAAAUCUGGCUACCCCAUUUGGGUUCAUUGUCUUGACGCAGGUAAAGAGAACAACAUGAAGGCUCUUUUGUUUGGUCUAGCUUGUCUUUCGUCCUCUAUCAGUGUCUUGGGAGUCCCUGUGAGUGAGGUUUCGGCGGAACAACCAGCUCCAGGGUCCCCCAAACUCAUCUGCUACUACAACUUUUGGUCCCAAUAUCGAUCAGGCGUGGGAAAAUUCACACCCGAGGACAUUGAUCCCGAGCUAUGCACCCAUAUCAUCGUAUCCUUCGUCAAGAUCAAGAAUGGCCUAUUGGACAUGAAGGCAACCUUCGAAGGAUCCACACAGGAAGAGCUCUUGGAGGGGAUCAAAGGCCUAACUUCCAAGAACCCAGCCUUGAAAGUUCUAAUCUCAGCGGGUGGAUACUCCCCCGAUGACCUGGAAAACUACGUUCAAAUUAGUCAGUCCCAGGAAGCUCAAGAGGCCUUUACAAAGUCGGUCCAAGAAGCUCUUGAGGAACAUAAUUUGGCUGGGUUCGUUGUCAACUGGGAAUUUCCUGAGGAGAGCGACGAGGACCAUUUCUUGAGCCUUCACCAGACCCUGAGAGCCGGAUUGGAAGAUCAAUACCUCCUUGGGACUGUGGUAUCUAGUAAACCCACCUUUUUUACCGCCUCGUACUAUCAUCUUCCGGAAGUGAGCCAGGUCGUUGAUUUCUUGAACAUCAUCACCUACGACUACCACGGACAUUGGGACAACCAGACCGGCCACAAUGCCCCUCUUUUUGCUCCUGAAGGUUCGCUUUCCUUCAGUGACACCCUCGAGGCUCUGGUCGAUAUGGAUAUUCCCAAGGAUAAGAUCGUUCUCGGUUUUCCCACCUACGGUCGCUCAUUCACGUUGUCCGACUCUGAGGCCCAAGAAGUUGGUGCGGCCACUGAAGGCCCAGGAGAAGGUGGAGAAUUGUCGAGUAUGCCUGGUACCCUGACAUACUACGAGAUUUGCAAGAUUCUGAUGGAUGGCGCCAGCUACAAAAUGGACGAAGAGGCCAAAGUUCCUUUCGCAGUUCAAGGCAAUCAAUGGAUCAGUUUCGAUGACAUGUCCUCGAUGGAAGCCAAGGCCCAAGUCAUGAAUGACAAUGGACUACACAACGCCUUCGUCUGGGCCCUGGGCAUGGACGAUUUCACCGGAACCCAAUGCCAAGAUGUCAUGCCAUUCCCAUUGAUAAGAACCCUGAAGAACUCUUUGCAACCCACUGAAGAGGUCCAUGAGGAAUGAAAAGAAUGAGCAAAGGUUUAUUGAUAAAUCCACAGCAGCCUCAUGAUGAGAAAAUGAAGAACAUGAUCUAAUUUGGGGCCUUUUGGCAUAGUAUCUAUGCGACAAUAAAAUUCAUAAUUGGAAAGAAGUGAUGAAAUGAGU